UCGCCAGACAUCGAAGUAUUCGAUCGCGCAAGUGCAACUUCCGUUUCGGUGGGAGAACACAACUACCUUUGUGGGGGUUUGAAAUGGUGGGGAAUCUUCGAAGAGAGCGAGUUAAACGCGAGGCAGCUAGGUUACCAUCGCGUAUAUACCGGCACUAUUGACAUGUUCCGGCAAACACGCGCUUCGAGCUCUUACGAGCAUUACGUUCACUGAUCAAACUCCUAACGUGUCUCCUUCGCGAUGAUUCCGUCUGAUUUACGAGUGUACCGCCAGAGCAUGCGAUCACCUAAAUGGCUUACAUAAGUUGCGCGGUAACAUUAAUUACUUUGGGUAAACUGCAUGCACAUCUUAUUCAAUAACGUCGUGAGUAUUACUUCAAGAAAUUCAAAUUGGUGACAACCUAUUAAAACUGCGUAAACACAAAUCGCGAAAGACACUUUCACGGAAGUUUCGGCACUCUUUCGUUUCUUCUUACGAAUACGAAAUAGAGUAGCCGGUACUUGGGUCACUCGAUUGCCAGUUACGUGUUCUAUUCCCAUUUUAAAUCGAUGACAUAAACCGCGGCCAGUGUUGGGUAAUUAUUAAACAUUAAGUUCACCAAGCGAUAAUUCUUAUAAAAGCAAUAUUGACAAGAACGAAAUUUAAAUGAUACAAUGUGUCACACAUAAAAUACGAGCUUGGUGAGGAACGUGACGGUGACCUAGAAACGAUUUGAAGUGGUAACUUUGUCAUCUAAGUAGACAAAUCUCGCAACGGUGCCAAGAAAAAAGAUCGAAGUGGGGGAUCAAGGAAUGCGAACGUUAUUCUUUCAAGUUGCUGUGUGUCUCUACGAGUCAUGUUCGACCUACGAUUAUAAAAUUUGCACUACGAAACAAGAUCUUUCUAAGCUGUUGUGGAUGUAGAAAAUCAUUUUUUGUUUCAUUUCAACGAAUUUUAUUCGCCUAUAAUAUAUACUUUAUACGGAAAAUACAAAAGAAAACCGCGUAAAAAUAAGAUGCAAAGAUGAUCGAUGUCGAUAAUAAGAAAUAGAAACUGUUGGAAAUAUCUGGUGAAGUUUCGUUUCUACGAUUCCUCUGGUUCGUGGAUAAAGACGUGCCAAUGAUCGAGCUCGAGCAUUCCAUCUAUAAAGCGAGUAGUUCAGGUUUGCCGUGGAGUUGACGCACUGGCCGCGAUCGUUGCAUGAUACCUCAUGUUUUUUGGAACACGCGGUUCGUGUGUGUGUUCCAGUCUCGCGUCCGUGCUUGUAUUUUACGUUGAUUUUUAACGGACCUAUAUUGAAUCAAGCGUGCGUCGAAAGUGCGGUGAAAUAAAAAACAAAGUGCUGUGGCUUAAUUAAACGGUGAAGAUGGAGGAUACAGAAGGGAAAAUCACGCCGAGAAUCAGCAUGUCCGUGAUCGUGCUCGUGAGCACGCUGUUUCUUGGCGGUGUGCUGUUUGUAAUCGGUUACAUUGUUAGCCGGUUGUCACGGUCCAAUAAACCUUCGGAUUCAAUAAAAAAUGGUACAGAAUCGGAAAAAGUAAAGUUCGAAGAUUCGAGGGACUUAACGAGCGGAUCGACUGGAACGGCCGGCAGCAGCAGCAACAAACGCGCUAAGAACAAGAAGAGACGUGAAAUGCAACAGGAGUUCACACAUUCGUGGAUGGUGGGUGUGCUGAAAGGACACACCGGUCCAGUUCUGGAUAUGAAUUUUUCCAGUAACGGCAGAUUUCUCGCAAGCUGUGCCGAAGAUUGCGGCCUGGGGCCGGAAGAAGAGGUGCUGGAUCCUGGGGAGACCGAUCAAUACAACAACUGUCAGGCGAAUCAUGAGACAUCAGGUUCAACGAAGGGAAGCAACAGCAAGUCGCCUUCCUCAACUUCCGCGUUGGCGACAAUUACCGCAUCCGAUGGCCCAUCUGCAACCUCGGCCGGAGCAAAUUCGACGACGACAUCGUCGUCAACGAAGGAAGACCGAGCCAUCCUAAGUAGAAGGCAACGAAAAAAUCGUACCAGAACUCCACGAGAUCAACGUCGUGAGCUUCGGGACGACGAACACGAAGACGAACAGUCCAGCCAACAGCAACAACGGCAUCGUCGACACGUCCACUGUCGAGACUCGGAGACCUCCGAGAUAAAGUCCACGGCGAGAAAAAAUUCGUGUUCCAGAAGAAUCCAGAUUCAGAAUGAUCCUCACGACGAGGAAAACAAGAACAACAGCGAGCCCGGGACAAAUGCAAAUGGCAGCUUGAGGAAGUCUCGCGGUAUUUUUCCGAGCACUCAGAGAAGGGAACUGCAGCAUUUGAGUGACGCAGCUCUCGCUUCGUUGCUUCGCAGAUACACGCUCACCGGGGAGCAGCUAGCUCACCUUGGCUAUCCCGUGGAGUACAGUUAUUUCCCUGGCUACGCGGUGAUUAUCAACCAUUAUCAACACCCGAUGGGUCACCGAGCUCGUGGCUAUCAUCAUUUGGACGCGAACGCGCAGGAAUUCGUACCUGGCGGCAGCAGUGCUAUGUGGCCGGUGGAGAGCGAGGGAGACAGUGGACAUUGCAGCGGAAGUUCGGUGGAGAAUUCCGAUCUAGAGCAAGAAAGUGCUUCGGAUAGUGAUAAAAGUUCAGACAUCGGCGAGUCGUCGUCCUCUACCGAUUCAUCAUCUUCGUCAUUUUCUUCGUCCGAUUGCAGUUACCAAGAGCAAUCCAGAAGCGACCCGACUCGGGAUUUCUACGAACCGAUCCUGGUCGUUGAUGAAAGAAAAUGUGCCAGAUGUUACAGAGUGUUCUACGUGAACCAGAACAACGGUGAAUACCUGUACCACGAACCAUGCGUCUACCACUGGGGCAAGCUACGUAGCGGCCUCGUAGCAGGCACUCACUGUGAUACAUGGGAGUGUUGUCGAGGACGAGAUAACGCCCAAGGCUGCACUAUAGCUCGAAUGCAUGUGUGGACGGGAUUGACGCCGGGUUAUAACGGCCCAUUCGAUGGCUACGUCCGUACCAGAUUGGCGAGAACCGUGCCCACGGAUGGCAAUUAUGGCGUUUAUGCUUUGGACUGCGAGAUGUGCUUUACGCGGCGCGGUCUCGAACUAGCCAAGGUCACCGUGGUCGGCAUCGACGGCAAGGUCGUUUACGACACUUUGGUGAAGCCGGACACCGAGGUGAUCGAUUACAAUACCAGAUUCAGCGGCAUCACUGCAAAAGAUCUGGCAAAAGCGACGAAAACACUCAGGGACGUUCAGAGAGACUUGACCAGUUUCGUCCACGCGGAGACCAUACUCAUAGGUCACGGGCUGGAGAACGAUCUGCGUGCGCUCAGGUUACUCCACACGACGGUGAUCGACACAUGCGUCGCGUUUCCGCAUUUCCUCGGUUAUCCUUUUCGUAGCAGUCUAAAGACGUUAGCGAGGACGGUGCUACGUAGAGAAAUUCAAGUAAAAGGGCACGAUUCCGUGGAGGAUGCUAGGAUCGUGAUGGAUCUUAUGUUAAGGAAGCUGCAGCACGACAUCUCGUAGGAUCAUCAACGACCAAGAAAAAGGGAAUCUGCCUAGAGAGCGAAAAAAGGAGUGCAGUGAAUAAACCACCGGACUUCUUUUUCGCGAAAUGCUCAAACAAACUGCGUGGUGAAAAUCGAAUUUCUUUUUCGUCGUCGAGCAAUUUGAAAUUCGGACGUUUGCUAUUAUGUAAUCUCGCCGCGUAGGAUUCCAUGGAGAUGUUAGAAUGGUUCACGAUCUUCGUCUUCUCAACUUAAUAAGUUGAAUCUGCUGUGAAAACGUUAAUUGUGUCGGCCUGCGCGAGUAACUUCCGUCAGUGUUCAGUUCCAAGUGAAGUCUGUGAUACGUAACAAAAAAAAAAAAAAAGGAACUACAUACAUAAUGCGGUCCCCGACGCGUUUAGGCAGUGUUCAUCAAACCGGGGUCGCGUUUUUCGCUCGCACAGAUGGACAUAUACAUACACACGUAUACACAAUUCAUACAUUCAGUAUCAAAAAUAGAUUAUAGCCAACUUUUUGUACGAUGCACAUCGUUGCCGAGGAAAAAAUUUGACUCGACUUUUUCUUCUUUUUUAUACAUGAUAUAGAUUAAUAUAAAGUUUUCCUUUUAAUGAAUCUCUAUUGCGGCCUCGAUGAAAGAUGUUAAUUUCCUUUAGCCGAUUUCUAUUUUUCUGACAAAUUUCUGCUUUUUUUAAGGUCCGAGAAAAUAGAAACGCAUGAAUCGUUUAUAUUGGAAAAAUCGAUACUCGAAAAAAUUAGUUUUGUUUUUAACACUUUUCUUCAAACAUUAAAAAAUGCAGAAAAUGUAAUAAAAUUUGAAAAGUCGAAUCUUUUUACCCUCAGAUUAGAAUAUUGCGUAUUGCGACUCGACGUGCUAUGCAUCUGAAAUAUAAUAUUUUCAAAAGUAACGACGAAUAGCACGAGUUCGCAAGUCUCGCAGUCGCAAGAAAAGUUCUUCGUCCUUUGUUGUUAAAGGUGGAUUAUGUAAAUUUUGUUAGCGAUGACAAUCGCAAUAAUAAAGAUUAUUACUCGAUGAUCCGUCUAACUCAAGUUCUUGCUGAUAGAGAGACUUCAUUAUACAACAAUAUUUCCUAUUCACGAGACAAUUUCCUCGGCAAGUGAUGUUAGUGGUGAUAUACAUUUACACACAUUGUUUCUCAUAUGUAGUAAUAUGUUUCGAGUUUCUCACACUUCAUGUAUCAUGUAAAAAAGUACAUCUGGCAUCUAUCUGUGUAUAUAUAUAUAUGUGUGUGUGUGUGUGUAUAUGUACGUUUAUGCAUAUAUGCAUAUACUAUAUAUAUAUAUAUAUAUAUAUGUGGGUGAGAGAUAGAGUGUGUGUAUGUGUAUGUGUGUGCGUGAGUGUAGAUAUAAGUAUAUGUAUAUGUAUAUAUGUAUAUAUGCUUACACACGUAUAUAUAUAGUAUGCAUAUACAUAUAUGUAUACGCGUGUACGUAUGCGUUUCUUAUACCUUGCGAUUUGCGACUUCUUCUCAUGCAUAUUUCAUCCCGCGUCGUUUUUUCGUACACGUACUGUGAGAGGAGGACACGCGGCGUCAUUGAUGCUCGUAAGUGUCUCGGGCUUCCACAAUGACUUGCAUUUAAAUUCUCCUCGAAAACGUCUAGAAAAUGCCGCUAAACGAGGACACACACACAAAGAUCGAGAUGUUGCUUCGAAUCAACUUAGUUUUUAGUUUAUUUUUCCCCUUUUAAUUGCUAUUCUCUUUUCCUUCUUCUUCUUUAAAUUAUAUUCUUCAGUCAUUUUUUUUUCUUUCUUCUCGAAUUGGCAAGAGAUAAGGAUUUUCUUGCGAUAAAAUGCCCGCUCUGUCCUCUUCGUGUUUGUCGAGCAAAACAGAAACGAAUGUACCUUAUCGCCGCGUGCGUGCGUGCCACUCCGCUCGUUCUUCAUCCAUAAUCGGUUAUCGAAUUUCUUCCCCAAGACAAAAGUAGCGAACGUGAGCCGAAUCGAGCGACAUUUUUAUAAUUGACCACAAUAAUCCAUUAUCUCGCGUUCAUAUGACCAAUGUUUUCGUUUCAUACGUGUCGUCGCAUGUAAACGAUCGGGAAUACUCGAUCCGAACCGGGAUCGAAUCCCUGAGAACCGUACGUCCGAUUUCGCCUCACGCUAUAUGAAUUAAGACAGCGGAUAAUGUUCCGUGAUUUUAUACUUUAUUACCGACAUUAACUGAUACCCUGUGUGUGCCCAUUUGUCUAUCAAACGUAUAGUAGAUAUAACGUACAUAGCAAUAUUGUCCCAAACGCACGUGGUUAUUUGUACAAAGUAUUCCGCAAUAGAAUUUUGCAUUUUCCUCUUUCCAAGAGCCGGGAAAAUUACACUUCUGUGUAACAGGUUUUCACGAUGAAAUGCAAUCAUCCUUGGAAACCGGUGCUUUACACCAGUUGAAAUUAUUUUACUUAAUUUUAGCUCUGCCAUCUUAGGUUCAUCCCGACGUUUCUUUUUCUUAUUGUUGUUGUCCUUCUUUUUUUUUUUUUUACCGUUUAAUUUAUGUAUAUUAUGACUCGCGCCAAAAUAUCAGAAAAACGUUUUCGACCUCGUAUCGGUACAUCGAUCUCAACUUCUUGUACAUAUAUCAUCCGACAUUUUUUCGUUGCGAUAUUCGAACAUUUAUUCAAAACAUUUUGAAGAAGAACUUUCUUAAGACGUGCGAAUCCGUUAAUCGUCAUUGGAGCUCGAUAUAUUCAUAAGGAUCGUUUCAUUACGCUCAUGGUACCGUUUUCAUGCUAGAAAGUCACGUGGUAUGAAAAGCAAUAUUAUUCAUCGCUUUGUAAAUAGCAUAAUAUUUAUUUAAGCGCAUCGAGAGGCAAAGUACCUGUGCAUCCUGUAUGAAGAAUGUUCCUCCGAUUUUCUCAGCCAUUACUUGCAGAAGUACAACGGGGAUCAUCACGGGGAUCAUCACGGGGAUUCGUUCACGAUCGAUUAAUUUUGUUAUAUUUUCAUGCAUCUUUUUGUAUACCGAGAACAAUUGAUUUAUUUUUCAUUUGUACCGUUUGAAUGACGUCCAAAUACUGGAAAAAUACAUUUAUUAUAUAAAAAAUUA